AUGGCGGGCGUACGGGUAGGUUUCGGUCAGCCGCAGGCACCGAAGAGUGUUGAGCAGAUCACCAAAGCGGCCCAGACUUAUGAAUAUGACGCCGCCAUACCCAUGCGAUACUGGUUGCGUACGGCGGCCGCACUUGUUAAAGAGGCGGAAAUCUACCAAAGCGAAGGGGACGACGAAACAACAUAUUUUCUACUUUUCAGACAUGCCCACCUAGUCCUCGCGAACCUUGCCCAGCAUCCAGGCGUUCGCGAUGAACGUUUUCGAGCGGCGUGGAAAGAGGCGAACGAUACAGUGCAGAAAGAACUGAAGUUGCUCGAUCAUAUGCGCCCGAGGAUCAAUGAACGAUACGAAAGAUUUAGCAAGAUCAUGCGCGAGAGAGAGGCUCGGCUCAAGACACAGCAACAAUCCUCAAGCGACGCCGCCGUCAGCUAUGAGGAGAACCAUUUUGACCGGCAAAAAGCACGUCAAGUCAAUGCACACGAGCACAAAGACUUUGCUGCUCGACUUGCGCAUCGCGAACACUCACGACGCGCAGCCGCUGCGAGUCAAGCACCCACAUCAUCGGCACCUCCAGAAGGCGACGACCUGCAACGACGACUCCAAGCAAUUAGAGCGCGAGUUGAGGAUCGAGAGGCCGUCACUGCUGUCGCGCGUCCGCCGCAUGUUAACCGUGCAGAUUCUGGGUACCAUUACCCAUCAAUCCCCUCGAAUCGUGUCAAACCUCCUUCUGGCGCGUUCGACGAGUCGUCCUUGACGGCAAACCAUGCUCAGACAUCCAUCUCUCCGCCAGCGCUUCCUCCCAAACCUGAUUACACGAGGGUGCAAACAUCGGCACCACCAGUGCGGCCAGAUAAGAUACCACAGGCAGGACUGGCGCCCCCUCCCAGACCCGACACACCUGCAGAUGACCGAAUGUUUGCAGCCACGGCUCAGCUUGAGAACGGUACGGCAUUGCGGACGAUAUUCCUACCUUCGACGCUGCGAACCACUUUCCUCCGUCUCGCGUACAAGAAUACACAAGCGAACCUGGAGACAUGCGGUUUUCUAGCUGGGACGUUGAUGAAAAAUGCAUUUUUCGUCAGCAAACUGGUGGUUCCGUCACAAACUGCGACCUCGGACACAUGCGAGAUGACCAACGAGUCAGAGCUGUUUGACUAUGUGGAUGCAUCAGAUCUCAUGAUACUGGGAUGGAUUCACACACAUCCGAGCCAAACGUGCUUCAUGAGUAGUAGGGAUCUUCACACGCACGCGGGAUAUCAGAUGAUGCUUGCCGAGAGCGUGGCGGUGGUUUGUGCACCCAGCAAAGGCGACACGUUGCACGGGGGCGAUUACGGGGUUUUCAGAUUGACGGAUCCGCCCGGGAAGAAGGUGAUUCUCAAUUGUCAGAAGCCGGGGGUAUUUCACCCGCACGAAGUAGACAAUGUCUAUACCGAUGCGCUGAGGCCUGGCCAUGUUGUUGAAGUACAAGACAUGCCGUUCGAUGUGGUGGACUUGCGAUGA